AUGGGUGUGUCCGCCUUGAAGGUGGCCGGGUGCAUCACGGCCAUGUACAGCCAGCAUCGGCAGGUCAGGGUCGGGAAUCACGGGCAAGCAGUGCCUAUCAUGAGUUUCAGCACGCAGCAGCGCCCCAUACUCAAGGCGCUGGCCUUCGGGGACGUUCUGCAUGCUUAUGCCGAAUGA